AUGGAAAAGUUCUCUAAAUACAAUGACCCUCUCUCCGGGGUGAACCCGUUUGUUAAUCCCCGGCACAGGGCCCCUUCGGUCCUCGGCUACCUCAAGGCGCUCCUGAAGGCCCCUCUCGUCCUACUUCUGUUCGGAACAAACAUAAACGUUGUUCAGUUUCUGGUUAAAAUCACCUCAAACAAGAUCACAGGCCCUAAGGUCCUGGCUGCCAAUGCAUCCUCCUUCCUCGACAUCUUUGUUCUAAAGUAUCUCACGGGCAUUAGGAACUUCUACUACGUUACAGAAUACGGCUUUAUAGACGUCAGGACAGGCCGCUUUUGCAAAAAGGCUACAGAGCCCUGCGUACUGUUUCCAGAGGGCUGCCAGACUAACAACAAGGCUGUUCUGCAGUUUUCAAGGGACGUCGAGGUUGAUCAUGUUUGUGGGAUAAGAUACACCGGAGGAUGUAUAAACAUGUACGGUGGAUUCGCAGGAUUCAUCCUAAGGUUUCUUGCAUCCAAAAACGCUGUGGAAAUUAAGUUUAAGAAGUGCUCUAGCCUACAUGCCAUCUGUGAGCUCUCUGGGCUUCCACAGGUGAAAUGGACAUCUAGGGACAAGGAUAGGUUCAUGAGGGAAUUCCACAAGGAGCUCUAA